AUGCCUAUACAACAGAGUUGUAUUAAAUCGCAAAGGCAAGAUGAACCAAGUCAACUAGUAAAAGAAUUGUGUACUAGUUCACAUAGUAUAUUAUGUCUAUCGCAAGUACGGCGACCAUCGCAGCUGGACCCGCACGGUACAAGGAGCGUCCUCGCGCGCGCUCUCGACGUGUGGGAACAAGCAUCAAGAUUGACAUUUACAGAAGUCAACUCGGAUGAAGCUGACAUUGUCGUUUCAUUCGCGAAACGCUACCAUGACGAUGCAUAUCCUUUCGAUGGACGCGGAUCAGUCCUUGCGCACGCCUUCUUCCCAGGAACGGGCCGCGGUGGUGACGCCCAUUUUGAUGACGACGAGUUAUGGUUGUUACAGCCAAAUAAUGACGACGAGGAAGGAACGUCGUUGUUCGCUGUUGCCGCUCAUGAAUUUGGACACUCGCUCGGUCUCAGUCACAGCUCAGUAAAAGGAGCGCUUAUGUUCCCAUGGUAUCAAGGGAUACAGCCAAAUUUCGUUUUACCCGAAGACGAUAGAAAUGGCAUUCAACAGAUGUAUGGUCCUAAAGUAAAGAGAACGUGGGCAAAGAUUCCGUAUUAUCGACCGGUAGAAACUCCACCUCCGACAACAACAACGACUACGACUACAACUACAACAACAACGAGGAGACCGUAUAUAUACCAGCAUCACCCUGAACGGCAUCCAAACCACCGUCCUUAUACUCCCUAUCCACGCGCUCCUAGUAAAUACCCGACAUAUUAUCCCGAAAGACCAAGCUACCCUGACAGGCCGCAUUACCCUGACAGAAAUUAUCCAGAUCGGAAUCCUUACUACCCCGAUCGUCGACACUACAACACUACUGAAGAACAUCCUCGACGAACUAACCACAACCACUAUCCGCGGCCUACCGAAACUACUACACAUGGAACUACCUACCGCCCACGAUAUCCCCAUGUUCGUCCCGAAUACCCAACUCAUCCUAGGCCCAAUUAUCCAACUGACUCUGGCCAAGAUUACCCGAAGAAAAAACCUUAUUAUCCCGUGAAAACGACUACCGUUAAACCCACUACACCAUCAGACAAGGAUAAACCUGAUACCUGUGACACUACUUACGAUGCUGUAUCCCUUAUUCGCGGCGAACUUUUCAUUUUUAAGAACAGGUAUCAUUGGAGGAUAGGAGCAAAUGGUCGAUACCCUGGAUACCCGAUUGAAAUAUCAAGAAUGUGGCCAGGACUACCACGAAAUCUCACUCAUGUUGAUGCUGUAUAUGAAAGACCUGAUCAUAAAAUCGCUAUUUUUGUUGGUAAGCAACUGUACUUGUUCGAUUCACAAUAUUUAAUUCAAGGAUAUCCUAAGAGCUUAGCGCAGCUCGGUCUACCCGAAAGUCUGGAAAAAUUAGAUGCAGCUAUGAUUUGGGGGCACAACGGGAAAACAUAUUUCUAUAGUGGUUCAAUGUAUUGGAAAUUCGAUGAAGAUAUUGGUCGAGUUGAAUUAGAUUAUCCUCGCGAUAUGGCGAUGUGGAAAGGCGUUGGUUACAACAUAGACAGUGUGUUCCAAUGGAAAGACGGCAAGACCUACUUCUUUAAAGGAAAAGGUUUUUGGAAGUUUAACGACCUUCAAAUGCGCGUAGAACAUGAACGACAAUAUCCUUCGGCACCGUUCUGGAUGGCGUGUCCGACCGAGCGCGCCGGCCGCAGAGCGCCUUUCCGCGCCCCCGCCGCGCCCGGCUCCACGCUCCGUUCCCCCAGUGCCGCGUCCACGCACGCCUAUAACGUCUUAAUAUACUUCGCUUCUCUAUUUCUAAUUGUCAUACGUUACUGUCAAUUUUGAUUGUAAAUAAAAUUUUAGUAAUUUCUAAAUUGUGUGCCACUAUCAAUUUAUUAGUUUAAGUUACGAGAUGGAGGAAAUAUCAUGCGUGUGAAUUAACUAGUACAUAUCGAUAUCGUCUGAAAUGAGACUGUAAUAAAUAAAAUGCGCAAAUAAUGCACUGCCCGUCUUAGUAAGUAAAUUAUUAAAUUUUGUAUAUAAAGUAAAAUACAUGUAACAUUUAGAAUAAUACUAGAAUUGAGGCAUUUUGUUAUUAUUUUAAUGUUGUAUGUACAUUUUGAUCUCAACAUGAUCGCGUACUUUUAUUCAUGUAAGGUAUAAAACACCAUUUAUUUAGCUUCUGUACAGAUUGUAUUGUCGGUUAAUGUGUUUCAGUAUUUAUGUAAUUUAAAAUAUAUAUUUAACUAAUACUCGAAAAUGUAUCACAAGUCUUAUAUAAUCAUUAUAAUUAUUUGUAAAACUGCUAAACUUAAAAUGCUGUAAGCUACGAGUUAUAAUCAAAACAUAAUUGUUGUAAAAAGAAUAUUAAAUCCACACGUAUGCCUUAAUAGGACUAAUAUAUGAUCUGUAAAGUAAAAUAGAAACAUGAAAUCUACAUACUUAAUAUAGGUACAGUGGUUUUAUAAUAACAACUAUGCUGGUUAGAGGUUCACAUACUCGGUAAUUUGUAAAUUUUAAUAGUAAAAUAUGUAUCAUAUAACAUAUAUUGUAUAACUAUACUAAUAAAUUAUAAAUAAUUAUAAAAAAUAUUUUUAUCACAUAAUAAAAUAUAUUGUAAUAUUAUCUUUGUAAUAAUCGUAAAGCAUAAAUGAAAUUUAUAUUGUUAUACAUACAAAUUAUUCUAAGGCAGAUGAAAGUCCCUUCUUAAAAUUAUAUUUUGUCUUUAUUGAGCUAUAUACCAAAAUGCUAUAUAUCUAUAAACAAAAAAUAGAAAUGUCGUAAUUUGAGAAAAAUCCUUACUGUCUUUGUGAGUUUGAACAUAUAUACAAAAAAAAUCAAAAGAACACAUGACCUGAAUGAUAGCCAAUGUAUGAGUGAAACAAUUAUGAACUAUUCAGAAUGAAAAUGGUGCUUUUCAUAGUUAGUUAUUGUACAGAAUAAAUUGAAGUUAGGUAUUUUUAUAUGCUUAUCUUAGAGUCCUUAAAGUAUGGACAUUUAAUAUUCUUAAAAACUUAUUUGAUAAAGGCAAUCUUCCAUUAUAAUCCUAUAGCGUUAAAGCAUUAUAAUAUUACCUUGUGCAAUAAGCUAAGGAGAUAGGCAUAUAUUAAAUUAAAAACCCAAGUACUGUUGAAGAAGAAUGGAGGUUCGUUAUACCUCAUAUCAUUCAUACUUUAUAGACUAGUAAUGUGUUUUCAGUAACUUGUCACAAAAAUAAUUUAAUAAUAACUGUGAUAUUUACUUUAUUAAAAUAUGCCAUUGGCAAUAAUAAUAAAUCAAAAUUUGUAAUGUUUUAAAAAAAAUGCUACUCAAUAAAUUGUAACUGCUGUAUGAGAUAGAAGGUUACUCUUAAGCUUAUUAAUUAAGAACAAAUAAAAAAAAUAUCAUA